AUGAACCAGCAGCGAUCCCGCCGAUUCCGCGCAGCCCAAGACGCCAAGGAGAAAGAGGAGGACAAGCAACAGCUACUCAAGAUGCUCAAGAAGGAAAAGGGCAGCACCGCGCAGGCGGAGCCCGUGGAGACGGUGGUGAAGAAGGCGUUCGACUCCAACUCGAUCACGCCGGGUACACCGUUCAUGGACAUCCUCGCGGCGAGUCUGCGUUACUGGUGCGCGUACAAGCUCAACACGGACCCGGCGUGGGCCAAGAUGAAGGUGAUCAUCUCGGACGCUACGGUCCCCGGCGAGGGCGAGCACAAGAUCAUGGAGUUUGUGCGCUCGCAGCGCAACUCGCCCGAGCAUGACCCCAACACGCGCCACGUCAUCUACGGCCUCGACGCCGACUUGAUCAUGCUGGGGCUGGCCACCCACGAGCCGCACUUCCGCGUGCUCCGUGAGGAUGUGUUCGCACAGCAGGGGAAGGCCCGGAUGUGCAAGCUGUGCGGGCAGACAGGCCACGACGAGCGCAACUGCCGAGGUGAGGCCAAGGAGAAGAAUGGCGAGUUUGACGAGAAGGCCAAGGCGGCGCCCCUGAAGCCGUUCAUCUGGCUCCAUGUGUCCAUCCUGCGUGAGUAUCUUGCCAUUGAGCUCCAGAUCCCCAAUCUGCCGUUCCGCUGGGACCUCGAGCGCGCCAUCGACGACUGGGUGUUUAUGUGUUUCUUUGUCGGAAAUGACUUUUUGCCCCACCUGCCCGCGCUCGAGAUCCGAGAGAACGGCAUCGAGACGCUGAUGGCCAUCUGGAAGGAUAACCUGCCCGUGAUGGGCGGGUAUGUAACCAAGGACGGGCACGUUGAUCUCGAACGCGCCCAGUACAUCCUGGGCGGCCUAGCCAAGCAGGAGGACUCCAUUUUCCGCAGGCGAAAGGAGACCGAAGACCGGCGCGAGGCCGGCUUCAAGCGGCGCAAGCUGCAGCAGCAAGGUAACCAGAACGGCCGGGGCGGAAGAGGAGGAGCCCAUGACUCGCCGCUCGGUGGCCGGGGCGGUGGUCGAAGGGGCGCACCCGAGGCCAACGGGCCGCCCCCGGGGAUGAACCUGAUUCCGGUCUCGAGCUUGCCCAAGCCGGUCAUCACGCACGAUAUGGUGAUGAAGGGCCGUGGUGCAGGCGGCGUGGACCAGGCCAAUGCAGCUAACAAAAGUGCGGCCAGUGUGCUCAAGAGCCAGAUCCAGGGGUUGAUGGCGAAGUCACAGGAAGACAAGGUCGACGCUGCAGGUCCCACUGCGGCUGCGGCUGCUGAAGGUGGUGACCAGGUGAUGGAGGACGGGGACAAUGACAAGACCGACAAGACGGCCAAGACGCCGCCUUCGGCACUGGGGAAGCGCAAGGCGGAACUCAUUGAAGAUGACGCCAACAGCACUUCGGAGUCCAGUACACCUGGUGCUGCAGAUGACGAGGAGCCGACGGACACGGUCCGGCUCUGGGAGGAGGGCUACGCGGACCGGUACUACGAGCAAAAGUUCAAGGUGGACGCCAAGGACAUUGCGUUCCGGCACAAAGUGGCGCGGGCCUACGUUGAAGGCCUAGCGUGGGUGCUGAUGUACUAUUUCCAGGGUUGCCCCUCGUGGGAGUGGUUCUACCCGUACCACUACGCGCCGUUUGCGGCCGACUUCGUGGACCUGGGCAAGAUGAAGAUCAACUUUGAAAAGGGUCGCAUCUCGCGCCCCUUUGAGCAGCUCAUGAGCGUGUUGCCCGCGGCGUCACGUCAUGCCAUUCCGGAGGUGUUCCACCCGCUGAUGACACAAGAGGACAGCCCGAUUCUCGACUUCUACCCAGAGGACUUUGACAUCGACCUCAACGGCAAGAAGAUGUCGUGGCAGGGCAUUGCCCUGUUGCCAUUCAUUGAAAUGCCGCGUCUGCUGGCGGCCAUGGAUACCCGGGCGCAUCUACUGAGCCCCGAGGACCAGGCGCGCAACGCGCCAGGCCACGAUGUGCUGCUCAUCUCGGACGCGCAUCCGGGUCUGUACGAGGAUGUGACGUCGCAUUUCUACUCCAAGAAGCAAGGGGCGUCUGAGUUUACGCUGGAUCCCAAGCGCAGCGACGGGCUGGCUGGCAAUGUUGAGAAGGUGGAGGGCUAUGUCCCCCAUGGCUCGCUGGUGUAUCCGCUUGACCGGAAUACCAUGCCGGAUGUCGACUAUGAUCGGUCUUUAAGCGUGAACUACACAAUGCCCACAAGCUCGCACAUCCACAAAUCCAUGCUCCUCCGCGGCCUCAAAAUGCCCACCCCCGCCCUCGACCGAAGCGACGUCGAAUUCGUCAAAAGCAAAGGCCGCAGCGCCGGCCGCAGUUAUGGCGGUGUACCGCUCCGGAACAAUUACGGCGGCGGUGGACGAGGAGGCGGCGACAGGAUCAAUUAUGCUGGUGGUCCGCCCCGUGGUGGUGGUCGUGGUGGUGGCGGUGGUGGACGGGGAGGGUAUCAUGGGCAGCAGCAGUAUGAUCGUGGAUAUGGGAAUGGGUAUGGUGGUGGUGGUGGUGGUGGAUAUAAUAACAACAAUGGCUAUGGUGGUGGAGGUGGUCAUCAACAGUAUGGUGCUCCCCCGCCGGGCUGGCAACCGCCCCCUCCGCCUGGGUUCCCUGGGUUUGGGGUUGGUGUGCCGCCGCCUCCGCCGCCGGGUGUUGGUGGGUAUGGUGGUGGGAAUCAGGGGUAUGGGGGGUAUCAGGGCGGUGGUGGUCAUAGGGGAGGUGGGUAUCAAGGUGGAGGAGGGCAUCACGGAGGAGGUGGUGGCGGUGGAUAUCGGGGUGGCAGUGGUGGUGGUGGGUAUCAGGGAGGUCAGGACAGAAGGCGUGACGAUCGGUAUACCCCUGGAGGGGAUCGGGGAUAUCAGGGUUCGGGGGGUUACAGGCGGUAA